CGGGGCUCCGCACGGCCCGCGGCAGCGGGAGGGGUAGAGCCGCGCGCCGUGCCGGGGUGCGGGGCACGCGUCCCCAGACGGGAGCGGAGGACAAGGACGGGGAGGAGCGUGCCCGGAUCGCGCUCCGAGCCGACGAGGGGCUCGCGCCGGCCCGGCGCGCGCUUGGGGAGCGGCCCGGGGCGCCGUGGGAGCCGGCGGCAGCGAGGAUGCCGGCGCGGGGACGCGGCCGCCGGCUGGGGGUGUGAGCGCCGGGGGAGCAGCCGCGCCGCCCCCUCCCUGCGGGCCUCGGAGGAAGCCCCCCGCGCCGCGCCGAGGCGCCUCGGAACCCGGGCUUCGGGGCGGCGGGCCCGCGCGGCCGGCCCCGGCCCAGCCAGAGGGAAAAGAUGCCUUUCCACCACGUGACCGCCGGCUUGCUGUACAAGGGGAAUUACCUCAACCGCUCUCUCUCCGCUGGCAGCGACAGCGAGCAGCUCGCAAACAUCUCCGUGGAGGAGCUGGACGAGAUCCGAGAGGCCUUUCGGGUUCUGGACCGCGACGGGAACGGCUUCAUCUCCAAGCAGGAGCUGGGCAUGGCCAUGCGCUCGCUGGGGUACAUGCCGAGCGAGGUGGAGCUGGCCAUCAUCAUGCAGCGCCUGGACAUGGACGGGGAUGGCCAGGUGGACUUUGAUGAAUUCAUGACAAUUCUUGGCCCCAAACUGGUGUCUUCAGAAGGUCGCGAUGGUUUUCUUGGAAACACAAUAGAUAGCAUAUUCUGGCAGUUCGACAUGCAGAGGAUAACGCUGGAGGAGCUGAAGCUCAUCCUCUACCACGCCUUCCGGGACCACCUGACCAUGAAGGACAUCGAGAACAUCAUCACCAACGAGGAGGAGAGCCUGCAGGAGACGUCGGAGAGCUGCCAGACGGAGUUCGAGGGAGUGCACUCCCAGAAGCAGAACAGGCAGACGUGCGUCCGCAAGAGCCUCAUCUGCGCCUUCGCCAUGGCCUUCAUCAUCAGCGUCAUGCUGAUCGCCGCCAACCAGAUCCUGCGCAGCGGCAUGGAGUAGCCGCGGCGCCCGGCCCGGCCUGCAUGUGCAUGGCCCGCGCGGAUCCGGCUCCUGCGCGCCCGGCGCGGCUCCCAGCGGGACCCGAGGCCGCGGCACAGCCGGUGUCACUCACCCGCUCCAUCUCCUUGGCAGGGACACAAAAGGGCUGUCUUACACGCUUUAAGGGUUUCCUUCCCAAUGCAAUAAAAGAGCCAGGAGUUCCAGUGACUGCGCGCACCCCCCCUUAGGAACUCUGCCGACGGACAGACUUCUCCGCUCGGGGUUCUCCAGUGGCCGCCCGGAAGCCAGGGUGCGGUGCCCAUGGGCGCCGUUGUUCGAGCCCCACCCCCGGGCCAACAGGAGACUCCAGGCUGGGGGAACCCUCCGCCCCACGAGGCUGACUUCUGGAACGGGGGGCUGCCCACCCCGCCCUGGCCUGCCUCCUGCACCCCGCGGAGCCCCCCGAAGGCACGAGGGGAAAGCCAUCGACGGGGGUGCAGCGCCUGGCCGUGCGCAGGCCGCACCCUCGCCUCCGCGCCCCUGCCUCUCCUGCAGGACCCCUGCGGGCAGAGGCAGGGAUGCUGGGUUCCCGCCCGCACUCGGCUUUCUGUUCCUGGAGCCAUCGCGCACCAGCACUCCGGAGCCCGCAGAGCCCCCACCCUCCUGCCAGCCGGGCCACCCCUGCUGCCCUCGGGGGACACGGAAGCUGCUCCCGGGCAUCUGUCCAGACGCGCGGACUGUCCAUACGUCGGUCUUCCUCGUGGGCACCAUCCCUCUUUCCUGACCGCUAACUCCCGCUCCAAGCUUGUCCUCCGACUCGCAUCCCCGCUCCUGGGUGGACCGGGUAGUCCGGGGGUGCUGCGGGCCGGGACCGAGACCUGGGGAGGCAGUGGUGCAGCCCACCCCCCGCCGUUGGACUCGGAGCCUGAGCCCAUCUCCAGCCACGAGGCCCCGUAAGUUCCGGUCCGGGAGCCCCUUCCCCGCUUCUCGUCUUCAACUCUGCUUCGUUAGUCUUCCCCGGAGAGAGACACAGUCCACGCUGCAAGGACGAAGCGCAGAGCGACUGUCCCGCAUGACCCCUCACAGCACGCAGGUUCCACAAGUGACUCAUUUUCCCGAGGACACGAAACGGUGUGAAUCCGCUUAGCCCGCACCACAGGUGACUCACCGCUGCCGGUGGCGGCAAACUUCUGGGGACCGGACGUGGACCCGGGGUGCGUGUUCGGUCUGGCACCGCCCGGCCUCCCCCGGACACCCACCAGCCGCCGCCGCGGGGUCCAUCGGCGCAGCCGGCCGAGCCCGUGGUCUUCCCAUGUGAGGUUUCCCUGUGUACUUGCCAAGCUCGGGUCUCCACGUCCGUCACGGGACUGUCCCACUCCUUUCUCCGCUGCGUCCUGAGGCGACGCGCUCUUCCAGCUCUCUCCCUCCCUUUCCCCCAGAGCGGAGGUGCCAGAGUCGUCCGGGGUUUCGCGGUGUGGUGGGUGUCCCCGAUUCCGUCCCCCCGGCGCCCCUCUCUCAGCUUUCUCCCCACUGCCUUCUCCGACUUGUCCUUUUAGGGUCUUUUUCGGGUUCACCUCUGCAAGCGCCCCUGGCAGCAGCCGGGGGCGGCCGUGGAAACUCCCCGUUGCGGGAGACGGCGGUUACUCAGUGACGAGCACAAGUCAAACUAGGGUUUGAGCCAUAGUGUGCAGGACGGAGCAGGGGUGAGCUCCCGAGAGCUGGGGGGUCGAGGGUCCCGCUGGGAAAAUGCCUGGAGUCCCGCACAGCCAGGCCAAGGAAGGCAGCAGCCUGCCUGUCCCUCUCGCCCACCCUGCCCUGCCUCGGUGCACACCACACACCUGCCUCUUCUCUCUCUCCCCCUGCCCGACUGACCGCGGCCCUCAGGGUCGGCUCCCGAACGGAGACGGGUCCAAACACAGAGCACUGACACGUAAGACAACUUCUUUAGUUUUGCCCAGAGCAGCUUACCUCCCCGACCCCCCAGCUGGACUUGGACGGGAAGGAGCCCGUGGACCCCUAGACCAUGUCCUCCUGGGGACCCAAAGUAGAUGGGAUAAAGGCCCCCGGGCAUGACUCCUAAAGGAACCUGCCCCGCGAGAGGGGAGUGCGGUGC